GUUAUUAGUAAAAAGUGGUGAUAUAACUAAUUAUCCAAAAAAAAAAAAAAAAAUACUCUCAACGAAACUUUCAAAGUAGAAGGACAAAAAAUCAACAAGGAGAAAUAAUCGUGGCUUACUACUAAUGCGGGUGGCGGAAAGUAAAAAUAAAUAAAAAUAAGAAAUGAACAAAAGAGUUGGAGGAAGGAAAUAAUUUAAUAAAAUUAUCUCUUUAUGAUCGAGAUUACGCCAUUAUGGGGAAGCAUAAUAUAUUUUAAUAAAAAAAAGAUAGUAAUAAAUGAAGAAAAUCAUAACGGAAGAGAAACUUACGGAUGCUUAUUAGGAAAUAGUUACAAAAUGAGGUGGGGCAAUUAGUAUUAAUUAAAUUACUGUAAGGCAAAGGAGAGGAACAUAAAAAGAGUGACCAAAUCACAGAACACAAAAUUAGGAAGUCGAGAGAGAAGAAAGACGGCGGCGGCGAGAAAGAAAGGGCGAGGGGAGAAGAUCGAUCGGCGGCGCCAUAUUGGUCUAAUUUUGGGAACUGUGAGGUAAGUAAUUAGUAAGUUCGGGUAUCAGAAUGAAUGAUUUGCAACUCUCUCAAAAUUGUGAAAAUUUUCCUUGUUCUCCGACUAAAUUGUGAAAAUUUUUCAGGUGUUGAACAAAAUUUAGUGUAGAAAAUAAAAAUGACACACAAAAGGGCAGCAGCAAAUGGACCGAGUAAUCAACGGCAGAAGAAUCACGUUAAUGGAGGAUCAUCGUAUAAUUCUUAUAUGGUACGACCAUAUCAAGGUUUCUUCGAGGUGAUAGGAAGGGCUGCUGUUGAGGGCACCACAAUGAUGCUUCCAGAAGAUUUCGUGAGAAAAUACGGCGACGAGCUCUCAGACACCGCCAAGAUCUCCGUCCCCCAUGGCUGCAUCUGGAAACUCGGAUUCAAAAAGAGAAACAACAACGUCUGGUUCGACGAUGGAUGGCAGGAGUUUCUUCGAUACCAUUCCAUCAAAUACGGAUACUACUUGGCAUUCACGUACAAGGGCAUGUCACAUUUUAAGGUCAGAAUCUACAAGGUCGAUGGCUGCGAGAUUUCAUACUCCAAUGAAGAAGAAGAAGACCCAAUUAUGAUGAACCAACACGAUGAUCAUCAUGUCGAUCAUCGCGUUUUAGAUACAGAAGAAAAUGAUGAUGAUGACAACGAUGAUGAUGAUGAUAACGAUUCUAUUGAGGUUGUGGAGACCAGAAGGGGUUCUUCCAGCAAGCGUAAAACACCAUCAUCGCCGCCACGGCAGAAGCAGCUGCCGCCGGUGCUAUGUAACAGCUCUGGUUCUUUGAGUGCGGAAGCGAGCAAGUCGCAGAGGAGGAGCAAGAAGGGGAAGAGGAGGACCCAUCAUCAUCAUCAUCAUGUGAAUGAAGAUGAUGUGGUUGUUGAUGAUGAACACGACCUGAAGCAUGCCAGGUUUGCAGAGAAAGAAGCUCGUGUUACUGAGGAGAACAUGUUGCUUCUGAAGCGCCUAGGAGAAGAAGGGAUCAUCACCAACGAGAGAUUCCUGAGCAGCUUGUGUGAGAUGUCGCGGACGAGCAGGAAGGCAGUGCACGAAGCAAUCAUGAUGAAACCCAGACACCCUUGUUUCUUGGUCUUCAUGAAGCCGAUCAAUAUAUUUCAAACCAGAGUUUACAUCCCGGCGAAGUUCAUGAAGAAGCACAUGAGUUCGCCGCCGGAGACUAUAAGGAUCAUUCAGCCGCCGCAGUUGGACGGAAUGUCGACGGAAGAGCAGCAGGAACAAGGUGGCGGCGGCUGGACGAUCCACGUGUCGGUGCAAGAUCGCGGGGGGUUGACGUUGACGAAAGGGCUGGUGGAAUUUGUGAGGGAAAGUCGUAUAAGAAUGGGGGACAUCUGUGUUUUCGAGCUCAUUUCGUCGUUCCCAUUUGUGUUCAAAGUUUCAAUAUUGCGUGGUGGAUCUGCUGCUGCUGCUGAGUAGAUCGUUAUAAAAUCACAUGGAGUAGGUUUGUCGCAGACGAUGGAUGAACAGAUUUUGUAAUUAUGUGUCGAUCUACUCGAUUCGAUCGUUAGGGUUUGUUUUAUAUCUUAGAUUGACUUGUGUUUUCAUGGGAAAUUACUUUUUCAUGCUUGUUGAACAUUUGUUACUCAAAUGGCUCCCUAAAUUAAGACCACAAGGUUUGGCUCGAGAGGAAAUUUAUUUUUUAUUUUAACAAUAUUUAUUAUUUUUUGAAUUUCCUACAAUACCUUGAAAUAAGGUAACUUGCAUUUG